AUGAUCUCAAAGAGAGGAGGAGCCCGGACUCGAGCAGUGAUAUUUGCCUCUCUUUAUGGCAUUCUGUUAGAAUCUAUCAUCGAAUGGGUCCUAGUUCUCUAUCUAUACGGCAUCGGUCAGGUGGAUUCGAAGAUGACGCCCAGUUUGGUCCUCUCCCUGGCCGCAUCCUUCUUUUCCGUUCCCCUGAUUGUUCUGCAUAGUAUACUUGCAUGGCAGUACAAUCAAAUUGCGGGAUUCGGCAUGCAGAAGACAAUGCUGCACACUGCCUGCACUUAUAUUCUGCGAUUCACUAUCCUCGCUUGGUUGGCCGCUAGUGUGGCAGGGUUGAUCGUCGUCUCUCAGAGACCUACCUGUCUUGCGGAGGGCGCUGGUACCGGAUACUGGGACUCAGGGACUAGUUGUGAGCUUCAUAGGGCGGUAAUCAUCGUCGCCGUGGUAUCAUUUGCUACGGUGUGUAGCUUCUUCUGCUCUCGCGAACUGUGCGAUCGCCCAUAUGAUGUGUCGCUACUCGGCGUUUACAAGCAGAGUCAGAGAAUGCGAGAUGGAAGUGUCUCAUCCGGCUCUAGCUGGGAAAGCGAAACCCUCAAGAACGAUAUCCUUUAUCUCUGCCGCCGUCCACAUCUUGGCUCCAAUCACCGUGGACUGUACUGGUCUUCCAGUGAUGUUUCCGCUAGCGAUUCCCCGAUUCGGCCUCCAAGUCUUCGUUAUCCCAGCAGUGCAUGUCUCAGGCCUCAACUAAGGAUCAAUACAAACCCGCCCUCUAUCAGUGGGGAUGUUUCCUACCGCUCAGUCAUCUCCCCGGACGAUGUUUCGUCUCGAAUGUCUCCCAGCGAACAGAGCAUAGCCCCGGACUUUCACAACUUGUCUCGUGCAUCCACUCUGGUGACGAGGCAGUCUACUAUUAUUGACCAUCACCCGCCGCAUUCAGUCAUCGCAGAAUUGCCGGCGACACCUGAAGUUCCCCCGAUCCCAGAGAAGUACAUCCACAAACGGGCCAAGUCCUCUAUUUCAUCUCUCAGGAGAUUUCUGCCGAAGGCCUUGCCAUUUUCCCUGCCAUUGUCUGCAGACCCGCAGAUCCGAGCUCUGACGGACCCUGAAGCGCAGAGAAACGCUAACCCACCAACUACUUGCUUUUCAGCACCUCAAUUGGCGGUUGCAGCUCCUGUUAUCUCUGCAUCAGCGGCCUCCAGUGCCCCUGUCCCCGAGGCUGAAAGGUCUGGAAAAGGCCUUUCCUCCAUGAAACAGGGACUGACCCAUGAACGAUCCAUGACCAUGAACUCUGCAGAUGCGCCUGAAGUAGUACAACCGGAACCACUCCAUGUGCGCCGGUCACGGACUUCCUACGUGGCCCCAUCUCGAUCUAUCUAUCACCCUCACCAUCCAAACUACAUUCCUGGUUCCCCGAAUCCCCAUAUGACUCGCCCAUUGGCCCGGGCUCCAAGCCACGGGACGGCCACCUCCUAUCUCGCCGAGACAGAGCGGCUUCAGCGCCAGAGCCCCCGUCGCUCUGGCACUCUCCACACCACUCAGCCCAGCCGGAACGACCUCUACCAGUUCGACCAGACUCAAAUCCCACGUCAUACGCGGAGCCAGCACCGGAACCAUCAGCAGUAUAGUAAUAACCACCACGCCGGCCCACCGCAGCGCAUCGGCUCCUUCCGCCACAUGCCUCCUCCGCCCGUUUCCCGGCGCAGCAACGUCGAGCUCCUCUACCCAAGCACCAGACGGCCACGCAGCAGCACGUUCGGUGGAAUGAGCGGCUUCAACACGCUGGAUAGCAUCCGGGAAUCGACGCGGUUGUCCGUGGACGAGUACGGGGAUAACAUGUACACUGCGGAACUUGACGCGAAGACUUAUCGCGGCGUCAACCGGACGGGUGUUCGUGCAUAA